CGACCGACAUUCCUCUCUCGGUGUUCCUUCCUGUCCCUGUGUUCACGGCUCCGAUCUGGGAGACGAGCCAGUAAUGGAGCUUUAGCUCUCUUGAUCUCCCUAGUCUAUCCGCGAAUCCUCAAGUCCCUACAGAGGAGGAGAAGCAGCUGCGAAGAUGGCGGGGAAUGUGCUGGGGACGGCCUUUGAUCUGAAAUCGGGGCAGAUGAUAAUGGUGGCUCUGCUGUUAAUGGUCGGCUCCUUCUAUGCCGGAACUCUAUUUGGAAACAAUAAGUACCCCAUUUACGUCCCUGAGGUGGAGCAGUUCAAUUCCACUUCUCCUUCUCCUGGGGUCUCGAAAGUUGCAAUAUUCACAAACAAAGUUGAGCUUACCUACAGAAAAGCGCCACCUUUCAUUCCAGAAACUGGGAUGAAUGUGUGCCCGCUGGCAUACAACGAAUACAUCCCUUGCCAUGACAUUUCUUACGUGAAGGAGUUGCUUCCUAAGUUGAACUUAUCCCGGAGAGAAGAGCUAGAGAGGCACUGUCCUCCCCCUGAAAAGCAUCUUUUCUGCUUGGUCCCACCGCCAGAAGACUAUAAGAUACCAGUGACAUGGCCCACUAGUAGGGAUUAUGUGUGGCGGAGCAAUGUGAAUCAUACCCAUCUGGCUGAGGUAAAAGGAGGGCAGAAUUGGGUGCAUGAGCAUAAGCAGCUGUGGUGGUUCCCUGGCGGUGGCACUCAUUUCAAGCACGGGGCACCUGAAUAUAUUCAAAGGUUAGGGAAUAUGACUACUAAUGAGACAGGUGACCUACGUUCUGCAGGAGUGGUUCAAAUUCUGGAUGUUGGUUGUGGGGUGGCCAGCUUUUCAGCUUAUCUGCUUCCAUUAAACAUACAAACAAUGUCUUUUGCUCCAAAAGAUGGGCAUGAGAAUCAGAUUCAGUUUGCUCUAGAGCGUGGAAUUAGUGCAAUGAUCGCAGCUAUAGCCACAAAACAGCUGCCUUACCCAACAGGCUCAUUUGAGAUGGUUCAUUGUUCAAGAUGCCGUGUCGAUUGGCACGAGAAUGAUGGGAUUCUACUUAAAGAAGCAAACCGCCUUCUGCGCCCUGGUGGAUAUUUUGUAUAUUCAGCUCCCCCUGCAUAUAGAAAGGACAAGGAUUUUCCUGCUAUAUGGGAUAAACUGGUGCAUUUGACCGGAGCUAUGUGCUGGAAGCUCGUUGCUCAACAGGUACAAACUGCAAUUUGGGUUAAACCAGAAAACUGGUCAUGUCUUGUUCAAAAUGCCAAGCAGAAGCUGAUAGAGAUUUGUGAGUUAGAGGAUGAAUUGAAACCUUCAUGGAAUACUCCACUGAGGAACUGCAUACAAUUAAGGAGCCCCCAGACAGACUCAAAGAAGCUUCCUCCCCAACCUGAACGCCUUUCAGUAUUUUCAGAGAGUGUAAAAAGAUUAGGUGUUACUGAAGAAGAGUUUGUCUCAGACACAGCAUUUUGGCAAGAUCAAGUCCAGCGUUACUGGGAAAUGAUGAAUGCAAGUUACUCAGAUAUAAGAAACAUCAUGGACAUGAAUGCAGUAUUUGGUGGAUUUGCUGUAGCUUUGAACAAGUUGCCCGUUUGGGUAAUGAAUGUUGUUCCUGCAAGCAUGAAUAACACCUUGUCCGCCAUUUAUGACAGAGGCCUUAUUGGUGCUUUCCAUGACUGGUGUGAGCCAUUUUCCACAUAUCCGCGAACGUAUGAUCUGUUGCAUGCAAAUCAUCUUCUCUCUCAAUAUAAAGACCAAGGAGAUAGUUGCGCUUUGGAGGAUAUCGUUUUGGAGAUGGACCGCAUGUUACGUCCACAGGGAUUUGUCAUAAUCAGAGACGAGGAGUGGACAGUAUCGAGAAUUAAGGACAUUGCUCCCAAAUUUUUGUGGGAGGUCAAAUCCCAUCCCCUGGAAAACAAACAGAAGGAGAUGGAAACUGUGUUGAUAUGCAGAAAGACAUUUUGGUCGAUCUCAUAGGUUGUCCUUUCUGCAGUAGGAUUUCUUGUGAGGUCGUGUGUCUUGGUAGCAUUCUCCGUGUUUCUGCAUAUAAUGUGAGUUCAAAGGAAUCUGUGACGCCUCAUAGGCUAUAUUUGUUGUAUUUUAUGUUCAUUCGGAACACGUGAUGUACCUCCUCCGAAAGAUUCUUUUAUCACUAAACAUUCUUUCAUUGCACGAGAA